AUGACCAAAUUUCAAGUUAUUUCUUUUUCCGUCCGAGUUGCCAAACAGUACGGAUUUUUCGUCACGAUCACUGGAACUUCUGACAAUCGACGGGAGCUGAUGAAACUGAAAAAGUUUUUCAAGAAGGAAGAACUUGAUAAUGCCCUCCCGGAUCUCAUCGCCGGAGAAAUUGGCGUCUGCAUCAUUGGAAAAAGAACUCAGACAGAAUUUGACAUCCGGAAUAACCUUACUUUCUACGACUUCGUCCUCGACAACAUGGACUGGACAAGCUACUCCGACUAA